AUGUCGCAACGACCCAGGCACUUUGUGAAUGAGUACCGUGAGCGUGAGGAGGAGAUCGUUAGUUGUGCGACAUCAAUGCGACGCGAUAUUGAUGACAGUCUGUGUGCCGCUAAGAUUAAUCUACGCAAGAUUCUGCAGCGUAUUGUUGAUAAGGAACCGCCCGAACGUGCGGAAGCAGAUGGUGGUCUGUAUGUUGGUGCAUCCGGUAUCUCUUAUGCGUUUCUACGACUUGCUAAACACACUCUAUUGGAAGCUGAGACUGAAAAAUAUCUGUCACUGGCCGAGCGUUACUUACGUUCAUCUCUGGCAAUGGUACUACGUCGCGAGGGCCGUUCCGGCACUGGCUUCCUUUUGGGAGAUUGGGGCAUUCUAGCAGUGGGCGCAGUCCUCGCAACCGUCCGAGGCGAUGAAAAGACUGCUAGUGAAUUUGUGAAGCGCUACACAGAGACGGGAGUACGCUGUAAGGAAGUGAACUUUCUGAAAUGCGGAUCGGACGAAUUCUUUGUCGGUCGCGCUGGCUUUUUGUAUGGUGCGUUGUGGUUGAACCACAAGAUGAAAAAAGUCGUCGUUCCACUCGAUACGAUGCAUGAAAUCGCGCGGACGAUCGUUGUCUCGGGCAAGAUGUACGCACGAGUGCAUAACAGUCCAUGUCCAUUAAUGUACGCGUAUUAUGGCACGGAAUAUCUAGGCGCUGCGCAUGGACUCUGUGCAAUUUUACAAGUCCUUAUACAGGUGCCAUCAUUCUUAGAUAACAAUGCCGAUAUUGAGAGCAUUACACGAACUUGUGUGGAUUAUCUAUUCAGCUUACAAAUGACUUCUGGCAAUUUUCCGUGCGCUAUGGAUGAAAUAAAUCGUUCUGAACAAGCUCGUAAAGAUAGUGACGAUGAAUUAGUGCAUUGGUGUCACGGUGCUCCUGGCGUUAUUUAUAUGAUGGCAGCGGCAUACCUGCGCUGGAAGGAUCAACGUUAUCUAAACUCAUGCAUACUUGCUGGUGACCUUGUCUGGCGUAAAGGCCUCCUGCGUAAAGGGCCUGGGAUUUGUCACGGUGUAGCCGGCAACGGUUAUGUCUUUCUUCUCCUAUACAAACUCACUGGCAAUGAACUUCACCUCUAUCGAGCCGCCAAAUUUGCAGACUUUAUGAACUUACCACAGUUUCAAUCUGAUGCACGUAUACCUGACUCACCAUAUUCGCUUUACGAAGGAAUUGCCGGCACCGCCUGCUUUCUGGCUGAUCUUAUCGAACCGGACAAAGCUCAUUUCCCUUUCCAAGAUGUGUUCUGAGAUUAAAUACUAACAAAAUAUUAAAUAAGAAUUUUGUUCUCUAUUUUUUGCAUUUUAAAUCUAUUUAUCUUUAUAUUUUGGUUUUAAUCUAUGUAUUAUAUUAAUAUAUUAUGAUUUUGACAA